CUACCCGGUAUAUACUCUUACAAAAGUUUAACAGUAUUAACUUUAUCAGUAUGCACACGGAUAAGUUAAACUGAAUGGAUAUUCCGAAACUUAGGAUUUAAAAAUAAGGAAAACAUGGAAAUAACAUUCUUCACACUUGUGUUUUGUGUUUGUUUUGUCCAAAAAAGUUUAGGGUUACCUUCCUUAACAUGUGAUGACGUAGAUCCUAUAUUAUCCUCUACAGUGAAAUGUUCCUGUCAAAAUGUUGGAACUCCUGGGAUUGAUUGGUAUAGAGGAGGCAUUUUUAUAACUCCAUGUACAUUAGGUGGACUUUGUUUCAGCUCCACGGGAUAUACGUUUACAGUAGAUGUUACAACAUCUACUUAUACCAUUGAAUUUGGAUCCUACAAUUAUACUGAAUGUACAAAUGUCACAUGUAGUGAUUCUACAACCCCUUCCGAUAGUGAUUUUAAACAUAUAUCGGUUGACGUUACCAGUUACAGUCCAACACUGUCGGUUGUUAAUGAGCCAGCUUCAAGUCAUAUGAUUGGUAAUAUUGAUUUUACCACCGAUUGCAUUUACAAGGCAAAUUCUUCACACAUUAAUACGACAGCAAUAUGGAAAGCAGUUGUGAACGGAACAGAAGAAGAUGAAUUAGAUAUUGACGGAACAAUAUCACAAACCGGAUCCUGUCAAUUUUGUACAACUGACUUUGCUUCAAAGAUUAUGGUUAGUUAUAUUCAUCAGGAAGAACAAAGUGAGAGUGGAAUCAAAGCAAAGAUACGACUCCGAUUAUUGAUUGAUGGAGUUCCUUACACUGUGACAACUAGAAAUGAAUAUUUUGUGAAAGGCAAAAAAGAAUCCUCAAACACUACUACUACCAUCACAAAUUCAACAUCAACAUCAGAUGUCAUUAAAAACACUACUUCCAAUUCAUUCAUUAUAAUAACAAUGCAUCAAUAUCAGUACUACCGAACAGCACGUAUGCUUCUGUACUUUAUACAGGUUUGGCAUGCUACACUGUUAUUUCUACAGUUGUAA